AUGUCCGUGUCUGAUCAGUCGACCCUGGGGAACAACGGUGACCACCACGCUCGCACCGAGAAAGACUCCCAUCAUGAACAACACCGGCACCGACGACAACCAGACGUGCUUUCCUCCCCACCGGGGUCCCACGAACGUGCCCUCGGUGUUUCUGGACCUGAAUUGGCCGCCGAAAACCUGGAAGGCGACGACCGGUCCAAACGCACCGACGGUAAGGUCGAACUGACCGAAGAAGACGCCUACGACAAACUGGGCUAUUCGUUCCCGGCGUGGAAAAAAUGGAUGAUCCUCGUCACCAUCCUCCUGAUCCAGACCUCGAUGAACCUCAACGCCAGCAUCUACGCCAACGGCGUCGACGGCCUGGCCGAGAAGUACACCAUCAGCAAACAAAAGGCCCGGGUCGGUCAGAUGAUUUUCCUGAUAUGUUACGCCUUUGGGUGCGAACUGUGGGCGCCGUGGUCCGAAGAGUUGGGCCGCUGGCCUACCCAACAGCUCAGUCUGUUCUUGGUGAAUAUCUGGCAACUCCCCGCCGCCCUGGCUCCGAAUUUCGCCACCAUCGUCGUCGCCCGGGCCCUCGGUGGUCUCUCGACCGCCGGUGGUUCGGUCACGUUGGGCGUCAUUGCCGACCUUUAUCAACCCGAGGAUUCCGGGUUUCAAUAUGCCGUGGCCUUUGUGGUAUUGUCCAGCGUCGGUGGUGCCCCCGUUGGUGCUGUCAUUGGAGGGUUCGUAGGGCAAUAUUUAUCCCUACCGUGGAUAUUCUGGAUGCAACUCUGCAUCGGCGGUGCGGUUCAAAUCAUUCAUUUCCUCAUCAUCCCCGAAACACGAGCGACCAUCCUCCUCGACCGUGAAGCCAAGAGACGUCGAAAGAAUGGCGAGACUCACUUCUACGGUCCCGAUGAGCUAAAGAAACCUCGGUUCCCAUUGAAAGAGUUUGGCAAGAUUUGGGCCAGACCUUUUCAGAUGUUUUUCACCGAGCCUAUCGUAUUGUUCCUAUCCCUCCUCAGCGGGUUCAGUGACGCUCUACUCUUUACCUUUCUCGAAGCUUUUACUCCAGUCUUUAAACAGUGGAAUUGGGAACCGUAUCAAGUCGGUCUCGCUUUCUUGUCUUCCCUGAUAGGUUAUGUCUUUGCAUACCUCACCUAUCUACCCGUCAUCAGACAUCAUAACAAGAUACGUGACGAAGAUCCAGACAAACUAAGUCCCGAGUCUAGGUUGUGGUGGUUACUUUUCCUUGCCCCUCUUGAAACCAUUGGCCUUUUUGGAUUUGCCUGGACGAGUCUGGGCCCAGAUUAUGGUAUACCAUGGAUAGCACCACUUAUAUUUACCGUUCUCAUCGCGAUGGCCAAUUAUGGAAUAUACAAGAGCUCGAUAGAUUACAUGAUUGCCGCGUACGGUCCUUACGCAGCCUCUGCGACCGGUGGCAAUGAUCUAGCGAGGGACUUUUUGGCAGGUAUCGCCGCUCUUUACAGUACACCUUUCUACGAAAACAUCGGUACAAAGUACAAACUCGAGUUGCCAUCGACGAUCCUGGCUUGUUUGUCCAUUGUGGUCAUCAUCCCCAUUUAUAUCUUUUACUGGAAAGGUGAAUGGUUCAGGGACAGGAGCAAAUUCGCCCAGGAACUCAACCUCGGCCGUCGUGGUGCCGUCGAGAGGAGAAGAAGCAGUGUACUCGCAUUGAGGAAUCAAAGUAUGAUGGGUGGUGGUGGUGGUGUGAGUGAGAAGGAGAAUGAAAAGAGAAAACCCAACGCCAGUGGCGUCCCAGGACAUGUCAACCAAAAUGAAAUCAGGCACGUUGAACAGGUGUGA